AUGGCGUCCAAGAACGACGCGCCGACCCAGCCGGUCGUGACAAUGGAGAAGACCGGCAAGCGUGACUACCUUGUUGAGCUCGAGAAGCGCGCUCAGCAGGCGUGGGCUCAGGCCGGUGCGUUCGAGACCGAACCCGCGCCGCUUCCAGAGGGCGUCAAGAACUACGCCGACUUUUUCGAGCAGGGCCUCUCGAUGGAGGAGGUCCAGGCCAAGCACCCCAAGUGGUUCGGCACCUUCCCCUACCCUUACAUGAACGGCUCUCUCCACCUUGGCCACGCCUUCACCGUGUCCAAGGUCGAGUUUGCUGCUGGAUUCGAGCGCAUGCGCGGCAAGCGUGUCCUCUUCCCUGUCGGCUAUCAUGCCACCGGCAUGCCCAUCAAGGCCUCCGCCGACAAGCUCAUCAGGGAAAUGGAGAUGUUCGGCGAGGACUUCUCGGGUUUCAAGGAGGACGCUGUCGAGGAGAAGGUUGAGAAGGCCGCUUCGUCCGACCCCUCCAAGGCCAAGAAGGGCAAGCUCAACGCCAAGUCUACCGGCCUCACCUACCAGUUCCAGAUCAUGGAGCUGAUCGGUGUUCCCCGCGAGGACAUCAAGAAGUUCGCCGAGCCCCUCCAUUGGCUCGAGUUCUUCCCGCCCAUCGCCACCGAGGACCUCACUAACCUCGGUGCCCGCGUUGACUGGCGCCGCCAGUUCCUGACCACCCCUGCCAACCUCUACUAUGACAGCUUUGUGCGCUGGCAGAUGAACAAGCUCCACGACCAGGGCCGCAUCAAGUUCGGCAAGCGCUACACCAUUUACUCGCCCAAGGACGGCCAGCCCUGCAUGGACCACGACCGCCAGUCGGGUGAGGCUGUCAACCCCCAGGAGUACACUGCCGUCAAGAUGAAGGUCCUCGAGUGGGGCCCGGACGUCUCCUCGGAGGUCAAGCAGGCUGUCGGCGGCAAGACUGUCCAGCUCGUCGCCGCCACUCUUCGUCCUGAGACCAUGUACGGCCAGACCAACUGCUUCGUCGGCCCCAACCUCGACUACGGCCUCUACGAGGCGUCGGAUUCCGAGCUCUGGCUCCUCACCGACCGGGCUGCCCGCAACAUGGCCUACCAGGGCACCUUCGCCAGCCCUGAGGGUGUCUUCAAGAAGGUCGUCUCCGUCAAGGGCGCUGAGAUCAUCGGCACCAAGGUCAACCCUCCGUUCGGCGUCGUCCCCGAGGUCUACGUCCUUCCCAUGGAGGGCGUCCUCGCCACCAAGGGUACCGGUGUCGUCACGUCGGUCCCCUCGGACUCACCUGACGACUACCGCACCCUUAUGGACCUCCGCAAGAAGCCCGAGAUGUACAAGAUCGACCCCAAGUGGGCCUCUGUCGACCCCAUCUCGGUCCUCUCGACGCCCAAGUACGGUGACAUGGCUGCCGAGAAGCUCUGCACCGAGCUCAAGAUCCAGUCGCAGCGUGACGUCAAGCAGCUCGCCGAGGCUAAGGAGCUGGCUUACAAGGAGGGCUUCUACAGCGGUGUCAUGACCGUCGGGGACUUCAAGGGCGAGUCUGUCCAGGACGCUAAGCCCAAGGUUCGCCAGCAGCUCCUCGACGCCGGUCUUGGUGUUCCCUACGCCGAGCCCGAGAGCGAGGUUAUCUCGCGUUCCGCGGACGUGUGUGUUGUCGCCCUUGUCGACCAGUGGUACCUCGACUACGGAGAGGAGGAGUGGAAGAAGGUUGCGGAGGACCUCCUCGCCAAGAUGAACACGUUCGUCCCCGAGACUCGCCACAACUUCCAGGCUGUCCUCAACUGGCUCAACAAGUGGGCGUGUGCGCGUUCGUACGGUCUUGGCUCCAAGCUCCCUUGGGACCAGCAGUUCCUCGUCGAGUCGCUCUCCGAUUCGACCAUCUACAUGUCGUACUACACUGUUGCUAACCUGCUCCACACCGACCGCUGGGGCAAGGAGGGCAAGUACGGCAUCAAGCCUGAGGACAUGACCGACGCCAUGUGGGAGCACAUUCUCCGCGACGGGCCCUACCCGGCCGACUCGAAGAUCUCCAAGGAGGUCGCGGCCGAGCUCAAGUACUCGUUCCAGUACUUCUACCCUCUCGACAUCCGUUCAUCGGGCAAGGAUCUCAUCCCCAACCACCUUACCUUCUGGAUCUACGUUCACGCGGCCAUCUUCCCCGAGAAGCACUGGCCCCGCUCGGUCCGCGCUAACGGUCACCUCAUGCUUAACGGCAAGAAGAUGUCCAAGUCGACAGGCAAUUUCCUCACCAUGCGCGAGGCCACGCAGAAGUUCGGCGCCGACGCCGUCCGUCUCACCCUUGCUGACGCUGGUGACGACAUCACCGACGCCAACUUCGAGGAGACGGUUGCCAACGCUGCCAUUCUCCGUCUGCACACUGCCUGCACGUGGGCCGAGGAGGUCAAGAAGGAGGCCGGCAGCCUUCGCACCGGUGCCUUCAACGAGCACGACAAGCAGUUCCAGGCCGAGAUGGACAGCCUGGUCGAGGGCGCCUACAAGGCGUACUCGGAGAUGAACUUCAAGGAGGCGCUCAAGCUCGGCCUUUACGACUUUGAGAACGCGCGCAACUGGUACCGUGUCGUGUCGCAGCCUGAGAACGGCGGUCAGGGCAUGCACAAGGACCUCCUCCUGUCGUGGAUCCGCAACAACGCUCUCCUCCUUGCCCCCUUCACCCCCCACUUCUCCGAGUUCAUUUGGCAGGACAUCCUAGGCGAGAAGUCGUCGGUUCAGAACGCCCCCUUCCCUAAGCCUUCGAGCUCUGUCCACGUCGAGGCCCUCGACGAGCUCGCGUACCUGCGCGGUGUCGUCGACUCGGUGCGCUCUGCUGAGCUCUCGCUUGGCCGCAGGAAGGGCGGAAAGGGCAAGCAGGGGACCGGGCCGGUCUUCGACCCCUCCAAGCCCAAGGCCGCACGCAUCUACGUCGCGACCGAGUUCCCAGCAUGGCAGGUCAAGACGAUGGACAUUGUCGCUUCGGCAUGGGACGAGAAGGCGGGUGCGCUCGACGAGGUGGCUAUGCGCAAGGCACUUGCCGACGCCGGCAUGAACAAGGACAAGAAGGCUAUGCCGUACGUCCAGCUGCUGAAGAAGAAGGCGACGACAGCCGGCAAGCGUGCGUUCGAGUCCAAGCUCACGUUCGACGAGCUCGAGGCCCUCAAGCUCCUCUCGCCCUACAUCAAGUCGCAGCUCAAGUACACCACUGUCGACGUCGUCUCGGUUGCCGAUGCCAAGAAGCACAUCGACGCUAACGGUGCCAGCGACGGCUGGUCGCCGGAGCGCGUCGAAAUGUCCGAGCCCGGGUCGCCCGCGGUUCAGUUCUGGAACCUGUAA